AUGCCCCGCGUCAAACGCUCAGCCUCUGCCUCUGCCUUGGUCAACGACGACGACGCGUCGAAGUCCUUCAGCUCCAACUCCACUUCCCACAGAGGCGCCGCAAGUUCUCCUUACGCCCGGCCGACCGCCUCCCCGCAGCGACGUGCGUCAAGGCGUACCACCUCCCCGUCCAAGCGCUCUACUCGCAAGAACCCAGCCCAAGAUGACGACCAUCACACCACCGAGACGUCGCCCAGGAGGAGCACACGACGCCGCACCAUGCUCGUCGAGCACAGCCAAGACGACGGUGAUCGUUCCUCUUCUCUCGAAGUGCUCGAGCCAGCGGCCAUCGCCGCCACCACGACAAGGGGAAAACCCACUCUCAGCGCAAGCCCAUCGACCACGCUCGAGCAAGAUGAUCUUGCUACCAACAGCGUCACCCACAACGAUGAUAGCAUCACGACCGACAUCACCGAACCCGAACCCGAACCAGCCAAGUCUGAAGUCAUCGCCGCCGACCUCAAGGGCAAGAACAAGGCUUCGAGCCAAACCUCGACCACUUCGGACCGCGGUCAGGACGAUAUGAUCUCCAAAGCCGAGGUCCGACUCCGCGUACAAAAGUCCAUGGCUGCGUGGGCAAAGGAAAGGCAAUCUUAUGAGGCAAGUCAAGCUUUUCUCUCCACCGCGCAGCGGCUGGCUUUCACUCGUACUGACGGUAGGGUGUCCAAGUUGACUCACACAGGAAAAGAUGAAGGCCAACAAUACGUUCAUCGACCAACAAGCCGAACUGCUCCGCCAACUGACUCAGUUCACCGAUUCGCUUCGAGCGACGGCCCAGUGCGGGAUCUGCCUUCAGACGAUGAAAGCGCCUCAUGCUCUGGAAUGUGGACAUGUGUUGUAAGUUCCAUGGUCCUUAGAUCGGUGACCACUUUGACCGACUCAAAACUUCCGGUGUACCGCAGUUGCCGCCAAUGCCUCAUCAACUGCUUCUUCAGCGCCAACAAUGGGGACGACGACGAUGAUGAAGAAGAAGCCGAUCAAGACAACGAAGAGAACUUGUCGAGAUCCGGCUCCAACUCCCACACCGAUUCUGAUUCCUCCGAUUCGGGACUAGAAGGUAACGAUGCCUCCAUUCAAUCCUUCUGGGAAGCCGAUCAACCGCCGACACCACCCGAAGGCAUGGAAACGAUCCGCUUGACCGUCGGGAACCGAUCAUUCCAAAUGAACCGUCCCGAACCUGGAUACCGCCCGGCUCCAGCAACUGCCGAAGAUUCCGCGGGUCGGUUCGUCGAGCUUGGUUCGGACGAUGAUGAUGAUGAGCAAGGAUUUGGAGUGAUUGGAGCGGCUAGGGAGAGGAUCCCCAGCGUGGAGAGGAUCGAACGGGCGGUGAGUCUGAGGCAUCGAUCACCGAGGGAGAAUGAUUCGACGUCUCCUCCUACUUCGCCUGGACGAGCACCAACGGCGGGAGCCAGAACCGAGGAUAGGAUCAUCAUUGCAGAUGAAGAGGUGCAUCAUGCUGGACCUGUACCACCCAUGGCUCAUCCCCGACCUCACCCUUCGAACGUCAUUUGUCCCUCGUGCCGUACCAAAGUCGACACCGCCCCCAAGCGUAUCUUCGCCCUGACGGACCUCGCCCAUCGCAUCCGUCAAGCCGAACAAGAAGGUCUCAUCGGUGACCUCGACGAAUCCGCCCCUCCUAAAUCGGAUGCCAACAAAGCGGACGAGAUGGAGGUAACGAUCGAUGAGCAUGACAAGACGUGGGGUGGGUUGUUCAUGGAGUUGGACGUGGGUGGGAAUACGAAUGGACGGACGAGGGUCGCGAGGGAUCGAGAUGAUGGGGUAAGGAGGUGCCCCGAGUGUUCGUGGGAGAUUAUUGAGGCGACGGGGGAGUGCGCACAUUGGUUAGUCCAGGGGUGUGGGAUCACGAAGAUUGGGAUCGGUUCUACCCCUUGGGCUAACCUGUUUAACCUUUUUUCAGCCAACGCGUCUACGAACUCUCCUCGGACGAAGACUUUCAAGGAAGACACUACGACGGGGGAGCCGAAUCCGACGACGAAGGGUCCGAAAUCUCUGUCCGAUCGAUGCCUCGACAUGGCGUACGCAGGCCACGGGAAGAGGAGGAGGAGGAGGAACAGCCCAACUCGGAAGACGAAGCGUUCAUUGAUGAUGCGCCGAUUCGGAAGCGACGACGAACGGAUGGAGAGGGUUCGUCGAGGAGGAAGAGGAAGAAGAGUGAGGUGGCCUCUUCUGACGAGGAGUCGAGGUUGGGGUCCACUUCGGAUGCGGCUUUAUCCUUGAGCUCGGGCUCCGAUGGUGAUUCCGAUUCCGAUUCCGAAAGCGCCGUAUCAACCUCUUCCUCACGAUAUUCGGACUCGACGCAAAAGUCGAGCGAGGCAUCGUUCCCCGACGAGGGGAGGGACGCUACGAAACGUCGAAGGAAGGCGAGGAGAGAGGCUCGACGAGCGGAGGGGGAGAAGGAACGAAGGAGGGGGAGGGGAAAAGGAAAGGAGCUCUCUGAGGUAGAGGAUGAGGAUGAGGAUGAGGAUGAGUCGGUGAUUAUUGAGGAAGAGGGUCAUGAGUCGCCCAGAAAGGCGGCGGCGAAGGCGGCGAUUAGGAGGGCUGAGAAAAAGGGGUCUGGGGAGGAGGUGACGGAAACGAGCGCGAAGGCGAGCACCAGCACGAGUACGAGUACGAACGUGGAUAAAGCGUCGAAGGAAAAACGUGCGCGCAAAGGGUGGAGAAAGUUGCCAAAGAUCACACAUUGGGAUGACGAGGACGAGUAG